GUUCUGGAAUUGGGUUACAUAUGGAUUCCAUGUAGCACAAUAAUGCAGUGAUCAAAUAUCUAGUCCAAGAAUGAAUGGUGUUUUAAAAAAUCACAAAUUGAAAGGCUGAUAUAGCCAUUUAUAUUAUAAAAUUAGUGUUAAGAUAGAUGUAUUUUGUUGGUGUCCUAUAGUAUGAUCUUUGCCAUGUAGAAGCAUUGUUAUAUACAUGUAGUUAUUAUAUCUUUCAAAACAUGCUUUUAUUAAAGAUUUUAUUUCUGAUCAAAUGUAAUGAAAUAUCGAAUGAUUCAACCAUUUUCACAAUUUGAGGAGGUUAUAGGGUUAAUUAUUGAAUAUCACACUGGAAUUGGUGACAUUGUAUAUACUUCAAUCUUUAAGACAAGAUAUUACAGUGCACUGCAUAUAAUGCCAACAUACAAAAACAUGGUAAAAAUUAUCAAAAUUUGCAUUGAUUGUUCGCAAUUGGAAAUUUGUUAGAAUCAAGAGUUAAUCUAUGGUGUACAUAUUUGACAAAAACAAAAUGUCAGUUAUAAGAAUAUAUAUCUGUGAUUUAUGUAGUAAGAGCACAACAUAAAAAAAUGCUGUUCUGAUUCCCGUGUUCCAAUAUCUGAAUAAGAUGUGUAUCGCUUCCAUUUUCCCCUUCAUCUAUUUUCAGAUCAUUUAAACAGGUACCAUCCAUUAACCCUCAAAAUGCCUGUUGGAGGACAGGGAGACAGGGCUCUCUAUGGCCAUGUUGGGCAUCCCCAGAAUAUGACAGCACUUCUAGAUACCAUCACAAAGCUGAAGCAAGAUAUUGCCCAAAGUCAUGCAGAGAAACAGAAUUUAGCAGAACAAAUGAAUGUCCUCAUCACUCUAGUGAAGAGAUCUUGGAGCGGAGAUUUCAAUGCUUCUUUACAUCUGGGAAAUAUUAUUGGUCUCCAGCCACCUGAAUUCAUGCAACCAUCUCAGGAUGGGAAACGCACGACCAACACACCAGCUAUCCCAGAGUUUAAGGAGAAAGUUGUAAGGACAUGGGAGAGACUUGCUAUUAAGCUACUGGACAGAGAAUAUGCUCAGAUUCAAGAGGAAAUUCAUGCUCGUCAGCAGAUUUAUAUGCGGAACCGACAACUUUACAUGGAUGAGGUACUACAAAAUCAUCAACAUGAUAUGUCCAAAACUGUCACGCCACUCCGCAACAAACAAAAAUCAUACGAGGAAGUCGACAAACAAUUCCUCAAAAGUGUUGGGUCAAAUAAUGUCCAAUCGCGGCCUACAAGUGGCAGCAGUACAAGAGGAAGAAUCAGAUCUGCGCAAAAGCAACAGCGAACCAAUAUGAAGGAGAAUAAUCCAGACGUGACCUUUAAUGACCUUUUUGUACAACCAACUAGCGACAGGAACAAAACCAAUUCAGCUUUUUCAGGGUUGUAUCAUUUAGAAAAUGGCCGUGACAACAGACAGAAGUACAGAACCCCAUACGAUGAUCCGCAAAGAUAUCAACAGACAAAUCUGUUUGACCUGGAUGCUGUGUUCGGUCCAGACAAUGGUGUUAAGAAGCCUCGUCCUACCAGUGCAUUCACAGCUACAACCAACAAAGACAAAACCAUCCAGAAACCGAGGCCUAAGAGUGCUAGUGUGUUCGUCACCCAGCUGCAUGACCGACCACUCAAGUAUGAAGUUACGCAUCCUGUCAGCAAUAAAUCCUCUACAAAGAAGAAACCAGCUCAGAAACAGCGUCUCAAGUCAGCUAGUGUUCCAUCGAUGAAUAUCAUCCAGGAGCAAACAGGGGAGGAAACUCUCCCUCAGGAAAGCCACACAGAAUCACAACCCACCUACCAGAAGUCCCAAGACUCCCCACCGAGUGCUCCAGUGACGACACCUGCUCCAGAUAUUCCUAGUUUGGAUAUAAAUUCAGAAUCAGACUUAAAUCAAGGCGAAGAUGAUAUUUCACAAGAGGAUGGGGCAUCUAGUCCAGGAGUACAUGGUGAGGAGUAUAGUACAGACUCAUCGGACGAAGAACCACCAGAGGACCACAUAGGCCAACAGCUUCGCGUACGUGUCGACUCCGCGACCAACAAACCAAAAAGUGUCACUAAAUUUGUUGCAGACAUGAAAGUUAUGGCAGACAUGGAGAAAGAUUUCAAGAAAACAGCAGCACAGUUACAGAAAAGACUGGGAAUUGGCGAGAUGGGCAUGAUCAAAUAGAAGAGUAUUGUAUUUAUCCAGAAAUAACCAAUUGGUAGUAAUAAGCCCGCCCAUGUCUUAUGAAGUUCAGUUAAAAUGGUUAUGCUGUUUAAUUGUCCUGCAAUUUAUUAACCUCUUCAGGGCUUACUAACAGGAUAAAUAUGACAUGUAUCAAAGUCACAUUGAAUGAUUGUUCAGAGAUUUAUUUGUUAAAGAUUUUAUAUUCCAAAUUGUAUUUCUUGUUUUUGAUGGCAGUUUUGGAUCCAAAUACACAUAGAAUAUGAUUUAAAUGUCUACUGUAGCCAAAUACCCACUGAUUUGUAUUCAAAAUAUCUUGUCUCCAUUUUACAUGGACUUUGAUGUGGGGAAGGGUCAAGAAAGGGUACUAGAUUAUCAUUGAGUUUUCUCGUUGAUCAUAUGAUUUCAUAACUACAUUCAUUUAAAUAACAUAAUUACGAAAAGGGCUGUUGGGAUCACUGUAGUGCCAUAGAAAGACAAUGUCCAAAGCAGAUCACCAGAUUUAUGACACAAUUGUAGAUUUAAAACUUUUUGUGAAAAUUGAUUCAUUAUUUCAGUCCUUUUUCUUUGUAGACAAUAUGAAUGUCCUACAAACUUUGUAUACACAUUGUAUUUGAAAGUUGUGUCUGUUUGUUCCUAAUUUGACAUUAUGUAUGUUAUUUUAUAAAGAAAAAAACCAAAAUACCAUAUAUAUUCUGUCGGACACCUUCAAAGGAUAGAAAACCAAAAUAAACCAAAAUUAAAUAGGUAAAGAUUUUGAAACAGACUAUAAUUUUACUAAAUUUAAAACCAAAUUCUCUAUUGUGGUAGAUCAGAGUAUUAGUUUUCAAUUACAAUAUAUAUCAGAUCACAUUGUAAGAUUAUAUUUCAUAGAUAUCUCCUUUAAGCUGUACUAAAAUCAGUUUGAAACAGAUUAUAAUUGGUAAUGAUGAUAUCCAUUGUCCAUUGGGGGAGGGUUCAUUAAGAGCUUAAUCACUUAGUGUAAUUAACAAGAUGAUGAAAAGUUAACAUAACAUAGGGUAUCAACUUUAUUACAAGAAAAGUGUCAUGUUUUCUUUUUCCCAUAUAACCACUGGAUUAUAGUCCCAUGUAAUAUGUAAGUGCUCCCUCAUCCACCUAUACUAAUAGAAAAACUAUAGAAAUUGACACAAACCACAAAUAAAAAUUCACCCAUGUCACAAAACAAAAGAUAAAUGAAUUCACACUGAUUGAGAGCUAACAUUGACUCUUAAUCUCCAAUAUACAAUGUGAAAUUUUCAGUCUGGUCAUAUGACUGAUUUUUCUGUAGCCCAUAAUCUGUUAAAUAAUGAUUGGUCAGUCCAGUCACAGGUAAGAUUUACAGUUGUCAGCAUAGCUGUUGGAACUGUUGUUUUUUUGUUUUGUUUUUUCUUUUUGUUUUUUUUUGUGAAAAUUACUUAUUCUGUCCUAUGGAUUGAGCUUUGGAGGUAUAUAAAAUUUAGAUUUAUUUACAUUGAACAAAGGCUAGACAUAACAAACGAUCCAUUUCAGCAAAUCUUACUAUCUUGAGGGAUUUAACAAAGACUUUGAAGGCUCAUACAAUUGUAUAUGAACAUCUGUGGGCCCAGUUGAUUAAAAAUAAUUACAUCUUAUUUUUUUAUAGUAUGUGAGGAGAGUUUUUUACUCAAUGUGUCUAUUAUUGUUUGUUAUUAUUAUUUUAUCUACUCUUGAGAUGUUCAAUGUUUGAAUCCCAUUCUAGUCACAGGGACAUGGCGCUAACUUCCAACCCACAAUCGAGUUAUAUAGACCAUUGACUGGCAAUUUGUGCUAAGUCCCUGUGAUUCUAAUUCUUUGCAGUUUUUCUUUUUAGGUCAAACAUUCCAGUUCAAAUUGUUAUAUUUUUGAUUUUGUCAUUUUUAAAAUCUUAAUACAUUUUGUAUUAAUUUGUCUAAGUUUCUUUUCAUACAUGUUGUGUAUGCAAUCUGUAUAAAGCACUUACAGUUGAAGUGUGUGAGAGAAAAAGCAGAAUGGAUUAAACUUCUUUUUUUUUUUGAAUUUUGGCCUACUAGCAAACUUAAAAGAUUCCUAUUUGGACUUUCCAUUAUUGAGGCUUCGAGAUGAUAUACUAUUAUAUUGUAAGUAUUGUUUAUAUGUAUAUAACACAUCUUUUUUUUUUGGGGGGGGGGUUUAUUUUGUGCCAAAGAUAUUUUAGGGGAAUAAAUACUGUUUAUUUCAAAAGUUUCAGAACCGCUUUUUUUAAAACAUAAUGUUCCCGCAAGUUGUUAGGUUUCAAAUUUUAGCUAUACAGUAUACAGUACAACCUAUACAUGUAUGCUUUAUAUUUGUAUAAAAUGUUGAUCUCAUGGAAAAUGUACAACUAUAUAAUACUUUUCUCUUCAAUUCUGUUAUUAAGGACAUUUUUUAUACUAAACACAGUAGUAUUUUUUUUCUCUUUCAACCAGCAGUCAAAGAAAUUUCUUUAAGAGUUUUCUUUUCUUUUUUUUUGUCUGGCAGUUAUACUCACUUAUACAGACACCAAAACCUGAUUUUUAUUUAGCAAAAUACAUAUUAUUUAAAGUAUUUAUUAAAUAACUACUAGUUUAGGAAGGAAAUAGUUUUAAGUUUUUCAAACAUGAACUUACUGAAUACUAAGUGCUUUUAAAUCUUGAUAUUAACAUGGAGUAUUUUUCAUUUAUAUUUCUUUUUCAUUUAAAUGUUUGUCUUUUUGAUUUGAAGAAUUCCCUGUAUAGUGACUAACCUUUUAACACACUGGUGAAGGUUUUAUUUACAUGGAUAAUGUUUUUGUUUGGAAAACCAAGCAAACAUGCACUUGUUAUUACUGCAAAACAUAAUGUUCAAUUCAGUGUCAAAAUUUAUUAAUUUGAGGAAUGUCACUAAAUAUCCGACUUCUGUGGGAAAAUGCCAAAAUGUAUGCCAAAAUUCUUUUCUAAUCAAAAUGUAUUUUGCCAAAGUGUUUCAAUUUAUUUCAUAUUGGAAUAUACAAUAAAAUCGAUUAUGGCAAAAGUGUUUAAUUGCAUUCCACAUAACCAUUUUAUAUUCUUAUUCUCAAUGGAGUGGUGAUUUAAUGGUAUUCCAUUCUGUGGUGAUUUAAUGAUAUUCCAUUAAGUGGUGGUUUAAUGGUAUUCAUUGGUGAUUUAAUGGUAUUCCAUUAAAUGGUGAUUUGAUGGUUCAGCAUUCAGUGGUGGUUUAAUGAUAUUUCAUAAAAUGGUGAUUUAUUUAAUGCUAUUCCAUUCAGUGAUGAUUUAAUGCUAUUCCAUUAAGUGGUAAUUUAAUGGUAUUCCAUUAAAUGGUGAUUUAAUGGUAUAACAUCCAGUGGUGGUUUAAUAGUAUUCCAUUAAAUGGUGAUUUAAUGCUAUUCUACUAAGUGGUGGUUUGAUGGUAUUCCUUUAAAUGGUGAUUUCAUGGUAUUUCAUUAAGUGGUUAUUUAUUUCAAUGGUAUUCCUUUAAGUGGUGAUUUAAUGGUUUUCACUAAGU